AUGCUCAGCUUGGUGUGUAUUGCUAAAGAGGUUUUUUUUUUUUUUUUCUUGGGAGAGUGCAUGGGAUCAGCACAGGGCCAAUCAGCACUGCUCAGACAGAGGUCAGGGGUUCUACAUCCUCCUCGAGCAGAAAUAAAACUCCUCCUACAAGCUUUAACCAGUGCUCUGCUGGACACUGAUAGAAGUCACAAGACUGCUGUAACUUUUGAUGAGAAAAUGUAUUUAACAGUUUAUAUUUACUUAAAUAAUGGCAUUUCCAUGUUCUGUGUACUGUGGGAGACCAGAUAUAGUGAAUGCAGGGUCUUUGGGAGACCAGAUAUA